UUCAGCUCUGGUUACAGUCGGGCUGGAGCCGACGGACGGAGAGAGGUCGAUUUGGACGCGGCGAAACAAAUGCACCGGCAUGCAAGGAAGCGGCUGGAUUGUGAAUCACGGAGCGAGCUGACUGCAUCUUGCUGUUUUGUUUUGUCUACCCGCAAAGGCGAAUGAACAAGAGCUUUUUUGUUUUUUGCUAUUUUGGGGCCAACGAGCGUGUCCGAGUCGGAGCAUAUACCCGGCGGGAACGCACGCGGAGCAGCCCCUGGAGACCGGAGGGAUAUUUACAAUAGAAACUCACUUCAUUCCCCAUAAGAAUAGCGGGGAUUGAAAAGGCACCCUGGAAUGUCUCAGAGCUUUUGGAACCCCCAACCGGACUUGUGACUGAUGGAUGGAUGUGGAGGCAGCGACAGGUACCAGUAGACAGACAGAGAGCGAAAAUUGACAAAGCUGUCCGACUGUGCGCCUCCAUUCUUUAAAAGCUGACAUUUCUUAUAGUUCGGUUCAGUUGACCUGAAGGUCGCCGCCGCCUGUGCGUCAUCCACAGGCCUUCCAGGACACUUGUCAUCCACCGAAAGCGAGGGUUCAGUCAAGGACGCUGGGCCCGGACUAGAGCUCACGAAGUUGGCCACAAGGACAUGAAUGUGAUAGCAAGCUCACAUGCUCCCGACUGACCGACGCUUAUCUUCCCACCAGCCCACACUCUCAUAAAGACUGUACGACUAGGUGCUGCCGUUCAGGACUUGCUGUCCCGGCCGCCUCGGCUCCCACUGUGUGUGCGUGUGUGUGCGUGUACAUUUAUCAGCAUGGCAGUACUGGCUUGUUGGAAGUAUUACCUUUGGAUCUUUAUCUUGACGUGCAGAACGGUCCUACUUUCAGCCAAAACACUGGAGACGAUCAUUUGGAGCUCACAAAAUCCCAAAUUUGUUGCUGGCAAAGGCCUGAUUAUCUACCCAGACAUCGGUGACAAGCUGGAUAUCAUCUGUCCCAGAGCGGACCAAGGCCGAGAGUAUGAGUUCUACAAGCUGUACUUGGUAAAGAGGGAGCAGGCGGAGAGCUGCAGCACGGUCCUUGAUCCAAAUGUCCUGGUCAAUUGCAACAAGCCGGAGAAGGACAUCAAGUUUACCAUCAAAUUCCAGGAGUUCAGCCCCAACUACAUGGGCCUGGAAUUCAAAAGGAACGUCAACUACUACAUCACGUCAACUUCCAAUGGCACAGUGGAGGGCCUGGAGAACCGUGAGGAAGGCGUUUGCAAGAGCCGAGCCAUGAAAGUCAUCAUGAAAGUCGGACAAGUUCCGAAUGCAGUCAACCCUGCCGUGCCAGAGGAUCCGCAAGAUAACGCCAUACCGGAGUCCAGUCCAAAUCCUCCAGACAAGGAUCGAUUGGGACCUGAGAUGCCUGGAAACCCUGACACCAUGAACCAGGACCAGUCCGGUUCCUCCGCAAACUCGGACGGCAUCCUGGGCUCCAAAGUGGCCGUGUUCUCGGCCAUCGGAGCGGGAUGUAUCAUCUUCCUGUUGCUCAUCCUGCUCCUGGUCAUUCUGCUCAUCAAGAUGCGCAAACGGUCCAGGAAAAACACGCACUCGCAGCCCCGCCCCUCCGCACUGUCACUCAGCACGUUGUCCAAUCCCAAGAUGCCCGGGGGCACUGCUGGCACGGAGCCCAGUGACAUCAUCAUUCCGCUGCGGACAGAGAACAACUACUGCCCUCACUAUGAGAAAGUGAGCGGCGACUACGGGCACCCGGUCUACAUCGUUCAGGAGAUGCCCCCUCAGAGCCCCGCCAACAUCUAUUACAAAGUCUGACCCGAAGCAGCAGCAGCAGCAGCCCAGAGGAGAUUUUAAUUUCUGUUCUUGGAAGAGCACCGCUUUAUGUUUUGGUGACUUGAUCGUUACUUCAAGCCCGUGUUAUAUCUACCACCUGCUGCACAAAUCUGGAGAGAUGCGCACUGACCCGUAUCCGGUGAUCAGACUGACGAGGGAGAGACUUCUUCUGUGGGUUGUUAUUCUUUGGCUUGUUUGGAAAUCCCCACCCUUCCUUCGUCCUCCCUUCACCGCCCACCUGGUACGUCUCCCCGCUGUGCUCCGUUGAGGAGUGACCGGAGGGGGGGGGGGGGGGGGUUCGGGGGUCGAGGGUGGCUCGAGCGAAUCAAAAAAUGGAACUUUCUGGUUUGCCGUCCCCUUUAAUGGACCGGAUGAAAUCCUAACUGGCUCCCUGACGCUACAACACAUAAACCUUUGCACACUAGCCAGGAAGCGGCAGUUUGUGUUGCGUGUCUGCGCGUGCACCUGUCUGUCAGAGGGGGGGGCUCCAUGCCGGGCCGGGAAACUCUCCAGAUAGCUCAGGUAUCGGACACAGUGUGCGACAUAUUGUGUUCCUGUCCCUUCGUACCUCGGAUAUUUGCCUUACUAUUUUUGAUGGAGGACUUCCCCGAUUCAGUUCACAAAGCAGUUGUAUUUUGUUAGACUUUUCCUACGAGUGCACAAUGUAUAGAGUUGAAUAGAUGAUCAUGAUUAUUACUCAUCGCACCAUUCAUGUCAUCCACUCCAAUAGACACCCGAACUGUUGGCAUCAAGGUGUGUGUCUUCUUUUCCCCGUAAUAAUCCCCUAAUAUGAUCUUUGCCAUGACUCGGGUAUUUAUGACCUACCCGUGUGUAUUUUAGGCUUUGUCCCGUAUGUGUAUGCGUGCGCAUGUGUGUAUGUGUGUGCGUGUGUUUGGGCAAGUCUAGACCUUGCACCUUGAAGGACCUAUUGGAAGCGUAAAAAAAACAAGACACCAAAUUCCUCCAGCAUUCCACUUGGAUCUGCUUGAAGAUAUUAAUUCUGAGGAGCAUGGAGGAUUUUUUUUUCUUUUCUUUUUUAGGCAACAGACAUGUUGCAAUGUGUUUGCUCUAGUUUGUGGUGCAACAGUGCAAGUAAGCAGUUUGGGGCUAAAAGGAGGUUGGCCUACAUAGUUAAGUUAUCCGAUAUAAGUUGAAUGGCUAACCACAGAUGGGAUCCGCUGUCGUCCGCUGCCAAUUGGCUGCCUUCUGUAGAUGAGUCAGUGGAGUUCACGCUAAAAUGUGCCGUUUCCAUGCCCACGUUCACCAGCCGGGGAGGAGAAAAAGUCCUCGUGAGUUAGUUGGCUUUAAUGUGAGAGGAGGACGGAAAGCUGAAGUGGUUUUCUUUCGCCAGGCUCACACCGGUUCUGGUGUGAAUUGGGGUAGGGGUUGUACAUAAAAUUCCACGAUGAAAGCGUCGAGACUGCGAGGAUACCGCAGCUCACUUAUCACCGGGAGCCCGCGUUUGUGCGCAACGCAGCUGGAGCGCACAUGUCGCCAUGAGAGCUAAUUGCUUAGAUUUGCAGAUUGCGGGCGUGAGUUUGUGAACGCUUUUGUAGUUUGUAGCGGGACCUGUUUUGGGACAGGAAAUAGGUGCUUCGCGCCGCCAAAGUUAAGGAGCGGUGUCACGUAAUGAUGUGCGAGGGGAGAGAACAGCCAUUCCUCAGCAUGCAAGCUGACACGCACGUGCGCACACAGACACAUUGAGACUGACGGGUCCAGGUGAUCUCCAGGUCAGACUGCCGCUCGGUGUUUACUCACCCGGUAGAGGCACCUAUCAUCUGCAGCCACAUCCACGGACGUUAGCUGCUGAGUUAAAAGGCAGGCCUGCUCGACGAGCUCGGGAAAGACUCUAGCGUGUCGUUAACCUCGGAGUUAACAACCUAAACAGCUGGCCGGGCUUUUGUGGUCCUGCGUUUUAACUCAGCAUGCAGGCCUCGGUGUUCCUCUGCGAAAAACAUCCACAUCAAAUAUUUUGCUUUUGGAUCAGCGUGCCCCCCACCCCCCCUCACCUUCACCAGCCAAGGGAGUCAUUACCACAUCACCGCAGACCAUAUUUCAUUUUCAUCCAUUCUUGUGACCACUUAAUGUUAUUCAAAUUGGGGCGGAAGCAUUCAAAGAGAAAUGUAAAUAUAUGCCUGGAGCCCAAUGCAAAGAAAUAAUUUCACCUGAACACUGCUUAAAAAGUCAAAGAAAAACACAAAUUAGAAUUUUUGUAAUGGAGGGUAUUUGUAAAUAGCUGUCUUUCUAAAUUGUGUUUUGUAGAACUCCUUCUGGUCUCGGUUUGCAAGAUGUCUCCUUUCGUUUCUUUUCCAAACAUAUUGUCGCAACGGGGGUGUCUUCUUUUGCAGUGUCCAGUGUUGUCUUUGUUCCCACAAGUGUUGCAAAAACUGCGGUUCUGCGUUUUUGACUGGGCCGUUCAACGUGCUUCUUGUUGUCUGUGACACUGAGCGUCUUUGAAAAAAGGAGAGUUCAUUCCAAGCACGGGUGACAACAUCCUCCCUGUGUCGCAAAGAAGCACUUAACCUCGCAAAUGAAUCCUUUUAUCAAAUCCGCUGUUUAGGAGCAACCUACACUUCCGCCUCCGAUAUAAAGUCCAACAAAACAAUGAAAGAUGAAACUCGUCUCAGUUUUAAUAAGUGCACACACCGGCGCGCGCGUGCUGGUGCGAAGAGGCAGGCGAGGAGAAGAAAAAGAAAAGGGGCCACGUAUGACAGUGUGACCGCUCCCCAAUAAAUCAUCCGCUUUCCACCGCUCAUUAUCUCCCAGACUGUCCUUUGUUUUACUUUUUUCUUUGCCGCCACCUCCCUCAGCCCCUGUCAUCCUUCGGAAUUGAGCACGUGGAUGUUGCUCGCUCUGAGCCUCACUGUAGGGUGAUUUCUGCAAUUGUUCAAAGCCACAGUAUUACUUUUCAAUGUGCAUGUAUAAGCAAAAGCUGUUAAAAUUGUUUCCUUAUGUUUGAAUCAUUACUGUCACAUUUUACUAUUUGAUUUUGCCUCCUCUUUUUUUUUCGCCGCUUCUCAGCAUAACCUAUCGGCACCAGCUACAAUGGAACGACAACGUUCCACCAGUUUGGAAAAUAUUGCAUAUCGAGAAAUAAAUUUUUCCCAUGGAA